AUGACGCCGUCCGACGAAAGCGGCUACAAAGUUAGAAGGGGGGGGAACCCAUCGAGGGAAAUCUCCUUGCGCCGAACUGCCAACCCAGGGGAAGACCCACUAUUUAGCAUCCCAUCGGAUUACCAAUUGGAGGCCCCCAUUUUGCUUAACGGCGAGGAGGCAGACGAUUCCCCUGAUGGGACUCUCGCUCGAGUGGAAAAAAAGGAGAAGGACGACGGGGGUAACUACGACGGGGGCAGCUACGACGGGAGAAGCUACGACGGGAGCAGCUACGACUCCCUGGUGGAAGACUUUUUUGAAAACGCCAUAAAGAAUGCCAAAAGGGUGAAGAAGGAGAAGCAGCAUGGGGGAAGCGAACGAAGCGAACGAAGCGAACGAAACGAUCGAAGCGCGGAAGGCGAAAAGUCCGAGGGGGAGGCGAAAAAUGCAUUACAGCGCCAAAGCGAAAACAGUACAGUCGAGGAGAAGAAAAAAGACCCGCGCAAAGUGACCAUCAAAAAAAAGGCAAUUCAGUGGAACAGCGAAAUGUUAAAGAAGAAGCUCAACAAACCGCUAAUGCCUUUGCUGAGAAGGAAAAAAAAAAGUAUGCACCUGUUAAUAAAAAAAAAAAAAAAAAGUCAUCCCAAAAUGGCUAGCCAGGCCAACCACGCCAGCGAGUGGAACAGCUACCAAAACGACUUGGACAAAUUUAAGCUCACCAAAGAGGAGCUCGAGCAGAAGAGAAACAGCCUCAAGUCCAAAAAUUUAGACAAAGUGAAGGUCGAGUACCAGCAGAGGCUGCAACGGAUGAGGGCCGGGGGGAACGGCGCCGCCCCGGCGCGCAAGUCGGCCCCCGCCACGGCACAGGCGGUCAGGGGAAUUAAGAAGCCGACCAAGGCUACCACCGCAACCGCUGCUAACACCGCGAUUACCACUAAUCUCGCUUCUCUCCCUAAGGGGGGACGCAUAAAGUCAAACGAAGAACAGACCAUUAACGAGUGUAACCCGCGUGGGGAAGGAUCACUCCGAUGCGCCUCUCACCAGGGGAGCAGAAAAAAGGAUCACCCAAAAUUAAAACAAAGCAGUACUGUUAAAACGACCAAAAGGAUGAAGGAACGGGGGGGGCACAGUUCGUCCGAUGUGAAUAACAACCAUGCAGGUGGUCCCUAUAAUGAUCACCUGGGUAGCCCCCCCCACAUGCACAGCAGUGAAGGGAAGUACCCCUCGGUAGACCUACCCCACAGUGAUGGUUUUUCCUCUGGUGGGCAGUGCUCCGAAUGGGGCAAGCACAACAGGAGAGUGACCCAACAGAAAGGUAGACACCUCCCUAACGGAAGAAGCAAGCGUACGCAGUUGCACAAAUGGAGUGCCCUAAAUGAGCCGCAUAGAUCGAAUCAAUUUGGAGCGAACCAAACGCUGCGUGGAGGUUACCUUGCCAGUAGCGACGAUUAUAGCAGUCUGCUAAAUGGGUACUCGAGCGGAUGCGAGUUUGGCCGUUUCUCCUCUCAUUCGGUGAGGCGUAAAGGGAAGAGUCGCCCACAAAAAGGGCCCCCUAAUUGGAGAGACAACUGUUAUGCUGACCACGAAGGAGAGCCCCCCUCGUGGGAAAAAAGGAACAGAACCCACAACCAGUUUUACUCUCACAACAACCACAGUGAUAGCGAUCGAGUGACUAUCUCCACAGACGGAUCAGCAUCCACAGGGGAGAGCACCUUGGAGUACUUUGCCCAAGAGCUGAAGAAGAGGAACGAACUGUUAUCACCCAUUAUAGGCAGCUUUAACAUCAGGGAGGACCCCCUGGAGGACCUUCCCCCUCAGCGCAGGGGGGAAUUCCAAGAAAAGAAAUUUUACCCCAACUUAACAGUUAGGCUAUUUGCUGAGGGGGGGUGCCGCCCAGUCGACGCAAGCAGCUUCCGAGAUGACAGCUCCCAAGAUGGCGGCUCCCACGAUGGCAGCUCCCCCUCCAGCGGUACCUCCUCCGCGGGUACCACCCAGCUCGACCACCUGUGGGACUCAGAUUACACAGAGGAAAUAAAAAAAUUAAGAAGCGCCCCUCAGGUGGACCAAGACAUGCUGAGGCUGAAGAGGGCCAAGCUGGAGACAUUCAACGCUAUUAAAAAGAUGGUGCAGUCGGUUAGGGCGUUCAGUUGUGAAGGGGACCUGGAGGGAGCCACCCCCUCUUUCGCGAAAACGACCACGCGCACGCACAUGCGCCGCCGUCGCCCAGACAGCUGGCGGCCUACACAAGUGACGAAGCGGAGGAACGUUACGAAGCGGAGGAAUGUUUCGAAGAGCCAAAGUCAAUUCACAGUGAAUAUAACAAUUACAUGUCCUUAG